AAUAAUGCCAGAACCAGCGAAGCCUGCACCCAAGAAGGGUUCCAAGAAAGCCGUAUCAAAGACGGCAGCUAAAGGGGGGAAGAAACGUAGAAAGUCCAGGAAGGAGAGCUACGCCAUCUACGUGUACAAAGUCCUGAAGCAGGUCCAUCCUGAUACCGGUAUCUCUUCCAAGGCGAUGGGGAUCAUGAACUCCUUCGUGAACGACAUCUUCGAGCGCAUCGCUGGAGAGGCUUCCCGCUUGGCGCACUACAACAAGCGCUCCACCAUCUCCUCCAGGGAGAUCCAGACCGCAGUGCGUCUGCUUCUGCCCGGUGAGCUGGCCAAGCACGCCGUGUCCGAGGGGACAAAGGCCGUCACCAAGUACACCAGCUCCAAGUAAAGCGUUAAUGUAACGUUUCACAACCCAACGGCUCUUUUAAGAGCCACCCAAGUUAUCUUAAAAAAAAAAAAAAUCCAAUAUAAUCCUAUCUAGCUAU